AUGAAGUACGCUCUACUGCUCACGGCCACUGCCGCCCUGGCUCACGCUGCACCUCAUGUCCAGUCCAAGCGGGCUUCUUCCUUUACUUGGUUUGGCGCAAGCGAAUCCGGAGCGGAGUUCGGCAGUGGGAAUAUACCGGGUGUACUAGGAACCGACUACAUUUGGCCAGAUACUUCGGCAAUCCAAACACUCUACGAUGCUGGUAUGAACAUCUUUCGGGUGCCAUUCCUGAUGGAACGAUUGGUCCCGAAUACAUUGACUUCAAGUCCGGAUGCGACUUAUCUUGCAGACCUCAAGAGUACGGUAGAGUUUAUCACUUCCAUCGGAGCCUACGCUCUCAUUGAUCCACAUAACUACGGGCGAUACUAUGGAAAUAUAAUCAACUCCACGAGUGACUUUGCCACCUUUUGGACGACUGUAGCAACGCAGUUCGCAUCAAACAGUAAGGUCAUUUUCGACACGAAUAAUGAAUUCAAUACGGAGGAUCAAACACUAGUACUAAACCUCAACCAGGCGGCCAUCAACGCUAUCCGAGCUACCGGGGCCACUUCGCAGUAUAUAUUUGUAGAAGGAAAUUCAUGGAGUGGUGCCUGGACUUGGACGUCGGUUAAUAGUAACCUAGUCAGCCUAACGGAUCCCAAUAACAAGAUUGUUUACGAGAUGCACCAGUAUCUUGACUCGGAUGGAUCCGGCACAUCCGAUGUUUGCGUCAGCACGACUAUCGGUCAGGAGCGUGUCGAAUCAGCAACAGAGUGGCUACAAAGUAACGGAAAGCUUGGGUUCUUGGGCGAAUUCGCCGGCGGUGCUAACUCGGUUUGUCAAAGCGCCGUCACUGGAAUGUUGGACUACUUACAAGAGAACAAUGACGUCUGGCUCGGAGCAUCCUGGUGGGCUGCAGGACCAUGGUGGGGUACUUACAUCUUCUCGAUGGAACCACCCUCGGGACCUGCGUAUACGUACUACCUUGACAUCCUGUCUCCCUAUUUCCCUUCCAAUUCGGUUGGCUCUAUAACCACUUCCACUACCACAGUCUCUAAAACAACAACCACAGCUACAUCAACCACUAGCACCACCAGCACGGGGUCUACUACCACUAGCACCGCAACCGCAUCUCACUGGGCACAGUGCGGUGGCAAUGGCUGGACGGGAGCGACAAAAUGUGCCAGCCCGUAUACCUGCCAGGUACAGAAUUCCUACUAUUCGCAGUGUUUGUGA